AUGUCGGACAAUUCGGAGAAGAAUAACCAGGGGACGGUCGAAGCCGCCGUGCCAGAACCGCGCAAGCGCGGCUGUGCUGCGCAUUGCAAGCGCUUUUGGUGGGCCUAUAUCAUUGGCUUCAUCGUUGUCGUCCUUGUUGUCGUCCUGCCUGUCAUCUAUGUUGGAUACCCGAACAUUGCCCAGCGUGAUGUCAACCGAUCGACCCUCGAGAUCACGGAGAUGGAAAUCACCGACCCAGCUCCGGAAUCCUUCCAUAUCAGAUUGACGCAGGUCAUCGGCUCCAAGAGCAAAUAUCACCCAAUACUCGACGCUUUCAACGCCGACGUUUCCCUCCCCGACAGCGAGCAGCCAUUCCUCAAGCUCGACGUGCCAUCUGUCAAGGCCGUCGAUGGAGCCGUUGCUAAAAUCGACCAGGACGUAUCCCUGCCCAAUGCCGACGCUUUUGCGGCUUUCUCCCUCGCUGUCAUGAAGCAAGAAGACGUUUCCAUGAUCAUCCACGGCCGGACUGGCCUGCGAGAAGGAUCCCUGCCCAAGACCACCGUAAACUACGACAAGACCGUCACAUUGAAGGGCCUCAACGGUCUCAAGGGCUUCAACGUGACCGAUUUUGACCUCAUCACUCCUGCCCUGGAUGACGGAACCAACAUGAGAGGAAACGUGUUCAUCCCUAACCCUAGCGUCAUGACUCUCACCAUGGGCAACCUCACACUCAACCUCUCCGUGGACGGUGAACCCAUUGGCCAAUCCUUCAUGAACAAUGUCGUCAUCCGCCCCGGUGACAACAACGUCGAAAUGACGUCCAAAGUCAACCAAGCCAAGGUCCUCGGCCUCAUUGCUGGCAGAAACGCCCCAUACCGAGACGGCAUCCUCCCUAUCGAGAUCGUCGGAGAGUCGGCCAGGUACAACGGCGAGGAUCUCCCUUACUAUACUAAGGCCUUAGCCUCCAACCGACUCCAUGUGGACUUGAAUGUCGGAGCGGUGUUGUUCGAGUAA